AAUAACACAUCUCUCCCCCAUCUCUUAUUUGUGGAGGUUUCACAAACACCACCAAGCUUCUCCCUUCUCUCCUCUUAUGCUUCUUCUUUUUGUUUUUGUUCUUUUUGGUUUAAUCUGAUCAUACCCUUCUCUCUCCAAGAUCAUGCUUACCAAAAGAACCCAUCCAAUGAUCGGAAAGAUAUCGGAGCUCCUCGUCGGUGUCAACCGGUCAGCGGCUGCUCCUUUCUUUGACGUCUUGAUGACGAGCCCUAGAAGCCCACUCGAUUUCAAGAUUCUCCCUCAGAUAUCUCAAAGAAACAGCUCAAAGAGAUUCUACGAUGACAAUCUUGGUGGCUCCGUUGGUCUAGGGAUUGUAGCCGCCCUCGAGAACUCAAACACUCGUCUAAUCACGAGCGUUUGUAGAUCGGAACCGAACCAAUCCGGCCGCUCUGAUCCAGUCCAGUUCAUGAACCAUGGAGGAAGCACGGACGGAGAAGACGAGGAAAUGUUCAUAAUGGACGAGGAGGAUUACACGUUGGUGACAUGUCACCAUGGGCCAAGUGGAUCUUGUAGUACAAGGGUUUAUGACAAAGAUGGGUUUGAGUGUUUCUCGAGUAAGAUCAAGGAAGAUCGUCGUGAAAGACUUUUCGUGGUCGAUGUCGGUAUGGAAUCUCCAGAGAACUCGCCGGAGUUUCAGGGUUUGGGAUUCCUCAAUUCAUGUUACUUGUGCAGGAAGAAACUUCAUGGUCAAGACAUAUUUAUUUACAGAGGAGAAAAAGCGUUUUGCAGCACAGAGUGCCGAUCGAGUCAUAUAGCAAAUGAUGAAAGAAAAGAGAGAUGUAGAUCAAACUUCUCAACCUCUCCUUACACCGCCGGCCAAAUUUUCACCACCGGAGUCCUAGUGACUUAGUCGGAGUUCAAUUCUACUGAGUUUUUUACUUAUAUAUAUAUAUGGGGGGGAUCGGGGGUAAAUAAAAUAAUUAGGCAUAAAAUAAUUGGCAAGAGAAAUAAAUUAGCAUAUAUAUAUGACAUGUAUGUCUAUAUUAUAUAUAUAUAUAUAUAUAUAUAUAUAUAUAUAUAUAUCAUAUAUAUGGUGGAACGAAAGAAUUUGGAGAAAUUUUGAUGAGGGGGAAAAAUGAAAUGUAGAGAGAGCUAAUUCUUGAUCGUUAAGCAUGGCGAGAAAUGGAAUAAUGCUCUUAUUUUUAUUU